CCUGUCAGCACACCUGUUCCUCGUUGAAUUACUUCUUUUUAGUUCCAACUGGGUCCGUCUUUCACUGUUGGAUCAUUCUUCCUCUUCCUUUUGAGAUGCUUCGUGUGCGGGUUUGGGUCCCACGCCGCUUUUCGCUCUCCAACCCGGCCGCUCACCCACACUCACACCGACACCGACGCUCCUCCGCAGCCCGCUGCGAAACAUGGUCGGCGGCGUGUGUGCUCGCAGGCUGGCCCGCCGGUCCCGGUCCGCCCUUAUCGCAGCCCUCACGGUACUCCUGGUCCAGACGCUGAUCGUGUGGAACUUCAGCAGCUUCGACUCCGGCGAAGACGGCCAGGGAGACGGAGCCUCCAACGUGCGGGAGAAGCGGGACAACAAAGCCGCUGGCAGCGACUAUUUACGGCAUGGAGGGCAGCGGCAGAGGCGGCAGCAUCUCCAGCCGCCUGGGAGAGGAACCUCAUUGCGGCACAUACAGCAGCCGGAUGGUUACUAUUCCCACCGGCCCAAGGAGAAAAGUCGAGUGGACAGCAACAACGAGAACUCAGUCCCGAAAGAUUUCGAGAACAUAGACAAUAGUAACUUUGGCGCUCGCUCGCAGCCGCAUCGGCAAACCGUGGGGGCCACCAGCAGGAGGCAGCAGCGUGAGCAUCUGCAGGAGAAAGUUUACGACCAGCAGCACGUCUGGCGUGACAACACCCCCAAUUUGGGCCGCGGCUCCAACGAAGUGCUGCCUUUAAUCCACCAGCCGCUGUCUCUCGCCAACAUCUCAGGUGUCGCAGCUGGCGGGCUGCGGCAUCACGCCUCCCAACAAGCGCCGUCCCAGCACCGACAUCAGCACCCCCACAAGAAGCAGCUGACCGCGGUGCCCCUGGAGGUGACCUAUGAUCAACCACCCAAGUGCGAGAUCAGUGGCAAGGAAGCCAUCUCGGCUCUGUCCAGGACCAAGAGCAAGGAGUGCAGGCAACAGAUCGCAGAAGUGUACUGCAGACACAAGGAGGGACAGCUGAUGCCUGACAAGGUCACCCGCUACUGCCCACUAGAGGGGAAAGCCAAUGCCAACGUCCAGUGGGACGAAGACCCUGCCGAGAUCUUCCCAUCGAAUCCAGUGAGAAUAGUUUUUGUCCUGGUGGUGCAUGGACGCGCCUCUCGUCAGUUCCAGCGUCUUCUCAAAACGAUCUACCACACAUCCCACUACUACUACGUACACGUGGAUCAGCGGUCCAACUACCUCCACCGACAGAUCAAGUCCUUGGCUGCUCAGUAUCCCAACGUGAGGGUGACUCCAUGGCGCAUGGCCACCAUCUGGGGGGGUGCCAGUCUUCUGACCAUGUAUCUCCGAAGUAUGGCCGACCUGUUGUCUAUGAGAGACUGGAGCUGGGAUUUUUUCAUCAACCUCAGUGCUGCCGACUACCCAAUCAGAACCAAUAACCAGCUGGUGGCCUUCUUGUCCAAAUACAGAGACAUGAACUUUAUCAAGUCCCAUGGCAGGGACAACGCCAGGUUUAUUCGCAAACAAGGCCUGGAUCGUCUCUUCUACGAGUGCGACACCCACAUGUGGAGGCUGGGCGAUCGCAAAAUCCCAGAAGGCAUCUCUGUGGACGGAGGCUCCGACUGGUUUCUCCUGAACCGCAUGUUUGUGGAAUAUGUCAUCAACUCCAAGGACGAUCUGGUCACUAACAUGAAGCGCUUUUACGCCUACACUCUGCUGCCUGCCGAGUCGUUUUUCCACACAGUGCUGGAGAACAGCGCCCACUGCGAGAACAUGGUGGAUAACAACCUGCGCAUCACCAACUGGAAUCGUAAACUGGGUUGUAAAUGCCAGUACAAGCACAUUGUUGACUGGUGCGGGUGUUCCCCUAAUGACUUCAAGCCUGUGGACUUCCACCGCUUCCAGCAAACCGUGCGUCCCACCUUCUUCGCCAGGAAGUUCGAAGCCAGCGUGAACCAGGAGAUAGUCAACCAUCUGGAUGCCUACCUGUUUGGACCCUUUCCAACAGGAACACCGGGCCUAAACUCUUACUGGGAAAAUGCGUACGACGAGCCAGAUGGUGUGGCCAGUCUGUCUGACACACAGCUCACCUACUACCAUUCCUUCGCAAGAUUGGGCUUGGCCCGCGCGGCUGCCUCGCUGCAGGGCAACCCGAUGGAUCACAGCUGCAGGUAUUUCCCCAUGGGCCACCCUGUGUCCGUGCAUCUCUACUUUCAGUCAGACCAGUUCCAGGGCUACCUUGUCAGGCACCAUGCCACCAAUCUGGCUACAAGCAAGCUGGAGACCAUGGAAACCUGGCUGGCGCCAAAGAAGAACUUCAAGUUGACUACUCCUCCCAAAAGCACAUUCAGCAGGUUGCAGUUUGCAGAGGUCGGCACAGACUGGGAUGCCAAAGAGCGGCUGUUCAGAAACUUUGGCGGUCUGAUGGGCCCCAUGGAUGAGACGGUGGGCAUGCAGAAAUGGACAAAAGGACCCAACGUUACCGUCACGGUCGUGUGGAUCGACCCGACCAACGUCAUCGCGGCCACCUAUGACAUUCUCAUCGACGCCAGCGCGGAGUUCACCCACUACAGGCCGCCACUCAACCAGCCUCUGCGCCCUGGAGUUUGGAGUGUCCGCAUCCUGCACCACUGGAGCCCUGUGGCUGAGAUGCGCUUCCUUAUCGCUCCUCUGGCUUAUAAUAAGCACCAGCCUAUACGACAAGAUGACUCACUGAAGCUCCACAACGGCCCGGCCAAGAACAGCUACAUGGAGCAGAGUUUCCUCGGCCUCAACCCUGUGCUGAACAUCCCCAUCAGCCCGGGCUCCGUGGAGCAGGCCAAGAGGAACGCCGCUCUGACCGGCCCGGAGCUGGAGCACUGGGCGGACAGCCUGGUGGGGGAACUGUGGGAGGCGGCGGACAUCUGCGCCGUGGGCCUGACCGCCUGCCCCGUCAUCCAAGCCUGCCCCAAAAACCCUUGGAGCUCCCUGAGCCCCGACCCAAAGUCCCAACUGGGACCGCCGCGUGCCGACGGGCGCAUCAGGUAGCAGCGAGGCCUCCGGCUGGACAGGAGGCCCCGACUCAAAAUUCACUGUUGAGUUUUUUAUUUAUUUAUGAGCUGUGUUGCAGAUGCGUGAGUGAGGGGAAGCGAGUUCUUAUUCUGUCUCAGGAGACGAAGGGAACAUAAAAAAGGUGUUCAAUGGUUGGAAGGUCCAAGGAUGUACUUUGCUAUUUCACUGUUGCAAUCUAUUUAUUUUCGUCUAAAAAGAGUUAGACCCCCAUCAAAUCUUGCAAAUUUUCCAGCAUUUAUGUUGCCUCUCGAUGAAUUCGGAAGUCAAAUGUGUUUUAAAAAAGGCUGAUAGGGGUGUAACGGUCGCAUUGUUCCGUGCAUUUGUUGACGUACCGAUUUAGCACACGGUACUUAUUACAAGUGAGGAACAGGAAGUGCACUUUCCACCUGUGUGCCUAAAAGUAUACAAAAAAGUUGACACAAUUCUGCACGGAAGAGGGAUCUAGGUGGCUCAUUCUAAAAAUUGGUUGAAUACAUAAUCAUAUAUUUUUAGUAUUUUCAAAUCAUACUGAAAACAUUUUGGAAUUUUGAUUAAUCAUAAUUAUGUGGGCAGCACGGUGGUAGAGGGGUUAGUGCAUGUGCCUCACAAUACGGAGGUCCUGAGUAGUCCUGAGUUCAAUCCUGGGCUCGGGAUCUUUCUGUGUGUGGUUUGCAUGUUCUCCCCCGUGACUGCGUGGGUUCUCUCCCCCCACCCAGAGCAUAAGAAGACUUAGCACUCUGGAAGGGACAAGCGGUGGUAAAUGGAUGGAUGGGCAUAAUUAUGUGCUUGCAUAAUUGAAAUUAGCUUAAGAAAAGACCCCGAUAAAAAGGUAAAGUACUACUAAUUGUCACACACACACUAGGUGUGGUGAAAUUACCCUUCCGUAUUUGACCUAUCCCCUUGUUCCACCCCCUGGGAGGUGAGGGGAGCAGUGAGCAGCAGCAGCGAGCACGCCCAGGAAUUUAUUAUGGGGAUUUAACCCCCAUUUGACACAUGCCAAGUAAUGGGUCCCAUUUUUCUAGUCUUUGGUAUGACUCGGCCUGGGUUUGAACUCACGACCUACCGACCUCAGGGCGGAGACUCUAACCACAAGGCCACUGAGAAGGCUCCGUGCACGUUUGCAAUCGUGUUGUCCGAAUGUCAUCCAGGAUGUUUUUUUUAAACGUUUUACUUGAGUGAAUGUCAUUUAUUCGCACCAAAUUUGGUCACAGUUUUAUCGAAAGUUCUUACAGGCUGUAUUUUGGAGUGAAAUUUGCCCUCGAGCGCACAUGGUCGGUCUCCUCUCUCAUUUUUUUUUACUGACGUAUGCAUUGUUCUGAUCACUUACCUUAUGGCGGUUAAAGCAGUGGUGUCAAACUCGCAUGGAUUAAAAUCUAAUCCCAAGUGGGCCGGACUGGUAAAAUCACAGCACGAUAACUUCAAAUAGAAAAAAAAUAAUUCAGAUUGGUUUUUUUUGUUUAAAAACAGACAUUCUGAAAUUGUACAAAUCCUAAUGUUGUCGGGCGUUUUUUUACAAUUACCUGUUGCGGUUAAUAGUAUACCGUAUUUCCUUGAAUUGCAGCAGGGCAUAUAGUAUGCGCCUGCCUUGAAUUACUGCCGGGUCAAACUCGCUUCCCAAAAUAAUUAGCGCAUGCUUAGUAUUACCGCCUGGUCAAACUCGUGACGUCACGAGUGACACUUCCCCUGUCAUCAUUUUCAAAAUGGAGGAGGCUGAUUUCAAUAACGGUAAUUUGAAAUCGCAUAAAGGGAAGAAGAUUAAGAGCUAUUUAGUAGGAUUUAAGAUCCAAGCUUACAUCACACUCAAAUUUUUACUGCAUACCUUUGGUAAGUGCCAAGGUGAGAAGAGGUUUUAAAAUAAUUAACGCAUGCUUACUUUUACCGCAUGCCUUUGGUAAGCGCAGGAGUGAGAAGAGGUUUUGAAUUAAUUAGCGCCCCGGCGGCAAUUCAAGGAAAUACGGUAUAUACUUUAUGUGCCGUUAUUUAUAUUUUCUGAAUAAAUUAUGUGAUAAUGUUCUCAUUGGUGUUAAUCUAUCAAGAUAAAAAAAAAAUAUAAAAAUCAAAUUACAGUAUGUUAUUUAUGUAGUUUGGUCAUGUUCCUUGACUUGUGUACUAACAUCAUGCGGUUUAUUUUGUAUACAUAUAGCAUAAUUUACAAAGAUACAAAGAAUUGCUAUUGCAACAUGUAGUGGACACAAUUAGAACAGCAGUUUCUUUCAUUCAAAAUGUUCACGUUAAUUUUUAUACUUAGCAAACUCAUCCCGCGGGCCGGAUAAAACCUGUUCGCGGGCCUGAUCAGGUCCUUGUGCCGUACAUUUGACACCCCUAGAGUUAAGGUAAAAGAGCUUGUUUAGUCCAAAUAAAUUGCUUGAUUAAUCCACGUGUAUACAUAAUUAAUGCAAUAAUUUGUUCUGAUUAAUCACAUGAGUUAUUGUGUUAAUUUUGACAGCCCUAAAAUUAUUACAUAUUACCCUAAUUUGCUUUGUCACCUAUAAAAUAAACCUUGUAUAGUUUGUAAUACAGUAUAUUGUUCUAAUUAGUUUCAGCAUUUUUAAUGCAAAAAAGUGUCAAAAAAUGGCACUCCUAAUUCUUAUUUUUAAGUGUAUGCAGUUAGUUUUUUUAUGUUUUUAAAUUUGUAUAAAUUGAUUAAUAAUGAGAUGCAUUCUUUUUGGCACUAACAACUAUUUACUUUGUCACCUAUAACAAAAAAGGUGAGAUAAAAAAAUAAAAAUAAAAAAUUAUAACUUUUAAUACUGGAAUGUCAAACAUGUUUUCAUUGACGGCCACAUCCCAGUUAUGAAUGCCCUCAGAGGGCUGCUUCUUACAGUGAAUAGUAUAUGAGUAUAAAUGUAUAAUCGCCUUGUGAUAUUACACAAACACAUGUGCAUUUGAUUAAAAAAAUAAAUGUAUGUACAAAUCGACAGAUAACUUGCUUUGAAAUCAUAAGUGAAGGCAAAAUGCAGAUAUUUAAGUAUUUUUAUUUAUUUUUACAAUUAAAAUGUAAAAAAAAAAUAUUGCAAUGUAUUAUUUGUUGCAUGAUCAAAUAAUAUUAAAGUUUAAAAAAAUAUACCGGUACAUUUUCUCUGUCAAAAUGAAUACAUUUACCGUAUUUUUCGGACUAUAAGUCGCAGUUUUUUUUCAUAGUUUGGCCGGGGGUGCGACAUAUACUCCGGAGCGAUUUAUGUGUGAAAUUAUUAACACAUUACCGUAAAAUAUCAAAUAAUAUUAUUUAUCUCAUUCGCGGAAGAGACGAAGAAAAUGUCAGCAAUUGUCACACACACGUCAACCAAUAAGAAUUUGGCAGGGUACGGUCAUGGAGGAAGUGCAUUGUGGGUCAUGGAAUGCUAACUGCUAUGUGCUAUAUGCUACUGCCGUAGCUAUUAAAAUGGAGCAUUUCAAUGUUGGCGGUAACUUAUAAAAACUGAGAAGGGCUGAACAAAAAUGGCACCAAAAAGGAAAUCAUGUACUGCAGAUUACAAGCUGGACGUAGUGAAAUAUGCAGCAGAAAACGACAAGAGGAAGCGGCCAUAAUAUGUUACGUUAACAUUCCAGGCACCUUCUCAGUUGGUUAUUUAUGCCUCAUAUAAGGUACACUUAUUCAGCCUGUUGUUCACUAUUCUUUAUUUAUUUUAAAUUGCCUUUCAAAUGUCUAUUCUUGGUGUUGGAUUUUAUCAAAUAAAUUUCCCCCAAAAUGCGACUUAUACUCCAGUGCGACUUAUAUAUGUUUUUUUCUCCCUUCUUUAUUAUGCAUUUUCAGCAGGUGCGACUUAUACUCCGGAGCGAUUUAUACUCCGAAAAAUACGGUAGUAAAUACGGUAGUAAUUUUCAGGCUUUUGUGGGCCAUAUCAAACAAUGUGACGGGCCAGUUUUGGCCACUUUGGGUUUGAGUUUGACACCUGUGGCUUACAAUACAGUAUAUUGGCCGACGUUAGAAAAAUAUGUUUGAUCAUUUUAUUUAAUAGAAAAUUACCUUAAAUUGCAGUUUAAGUCUACGAACAAUUAAGCACAAAAUCUAAGCAGAUUUAUGUUUGGAAUUUUCUUCCUUUCUGUUCCGAAAAUGUAUUUAAACCGUGACUUAAACUGAGGUACGUACAGAAGCGUGACGAUGGCGCACCUUUACACCCCUUGUGGCUAAUGAUGAAUGAAAAAGGCCUUAGUUGCGAGACGCCUGGUACCCAAUUUACUGAUGUGCCUGCCGAGGUUUUAUGUGCACAAACAGCACCAUCUCUGACUGAAAGGUUACCGUAUUUCCUUGAAUUGCCGCCAGGGCGCUAAUUAAUUUAAAACCUCUUCUCACUCCUGCGCUUACCAAAGGCAUGCGGUAAAAGUAAGCAUGCGCUAAUUAUUUUAAAACCUCUUCUCACUCCGGCACUUACCAAAGGCAUGCAGAAAAAUUUGAGUGUGAUGUAAGCUUGGACCUUUAAUCCUACUGAAUAGCUCUUAAUCUUCUUCCCUUUAUGCGAUUUCAAAUUACCGGUAUUGAAAUCAGCCUCCUCCAUUUUGAAAAUGAUGACAGGGGAAGUGUCACCCAUGACGUCACGAGUUCGACCAGGCGGUAAUACUAAGCAUGCGCUAAUUAUUUGGCGAAGCGAGUUUGAUCCGGCAGUAAUUCAAGGCAGGCGCAUACUAUAUGCCCCGUGGCAGUUCAAGGAAAUACGGUAAUUUCGAUACGACUCCGAGAAGAGCCAAAUUCCCCUGCCUUUAAGAAUUUAGAGAAAGAAAAAUGUUCUCUGUGGAAGAAGCCAAUUAUUCAAAAAGUUGUCAUAGCAGCACAGCUUGUUGCAGUUGAGUGCUUGAUGAGAGACGCUGCUGUUAGAAAUGUAACCCAUCAGAAUUCAGCCCAAACAAAUAAGGAUUCUGCAUUCGUUCCAAAAAAAUGGUGGUAGCAUUUUAAGAUUUAAGAUGUAAUUUUCUUUGAUUAAUCCCUGAUGUCGUCAGGUAGAGGACUAAAAAUGUGUUGUUUUCCGACCAGCCUGCCUUAAACUUGAAACAGAGUUAUUCCACGCUGACCUAAAAAAUGCUUUUUAGACUUCCUUCCACUCUUGUAAGUUACUUUAUGUUGUACGGUAUUUUACAAAAAAAAAAAAAAAAAAGUCUCAAAAUUGUCUGACUGAGAUAACUGAGUCGCUAUUUAUUUGAGUUCACAUGAAUAUUGAUGUUUUUAGGUCAAUGACUAAAUAACUGCGACGCUGCCUUGGCAGCAUGAUAAGUAUUUUUUUUUAAUUAAACUGCCUUUAUUUACAAAGGCCAACACCACCCGAACGUUUACUGUACCUUUUUACGCCUCACUCGGUGUUGUCAUGUCUGAAUAGGUCUCCUUAUGUUGGCUUGCAACUCUUAACCUGCCGGGUCAAAGGUCGGCUGCCUAAGCCAGUGGUUUUCAACCUUUUUUCAGUGAACAUUUUUUUAAUUCAAGUACCCCCUAAACAGAGCAAAGCAUUUUUGGUUGGAAAAAAAGAGAUAAAGAAGUAAAAUACAGCACUAUGUCAUCAGUUUCUGAUUUAUUAAAUUGUAUAACAGUGCAAAAUAUUGCUCAUUUGUAGUGGUCUUUCUUGAACUAUUUGGAAAAAAGAUAUAAAAAUAACUAAAAACUUGUUGAAAAAUAAACAAGUGAUUCAAUUAUAAAUAAAGAUUUCUACACAUAGAAGUAAUUAUUACCUUAAAGUGUCCUCUUUGGGCACUUGUAAAAGAGAUCCAUCUGGAUUCAUCAACUUGAUUCUAAACAUUUCUUCACAAAAAAAGAAAUCUUUAACAUCAAUAUUUAUGGAACAUGUCCACAAAAAAAUCUAGCUGUCAACACUGAAUAUUGCAUUGUUGCAUUUCUUUUCACGGUUUAUGAACUUACAUUCAUAUUUUCUUGAAGUAUCAUUCAAUAAAUAUAUUUAUAAAGGAUUUAUGAAAUGUCGCUAUUUUUAGAAUAUUUCAAAAAAAAAAUCUCAUGUACCUCUUAGCAUACCUUCAAGUACCCCCAGGGGUACGCGUACCCCCAUUUGAGAACUACUGGCCUAGGCGACCUCAGCAAAACAGAAAUGGUAACCUUAAACGUACAAAUGCGGGGGAGGCUGUUCGGUUUUUCCUGCCCUUUGUGGUGGUCUUCAUGCUGUGACAAUGAUGUAAAAACUCAUUCUUGUAUAUUGAUAUUAUACUGUCCUUUUUAGAUUGGGUCUGUAUCCCUCACAGUAGUUGUGGCAGCCCAUCACAAAUACCGUAUUUUCCGGACUGUAAAGCCACACACACUAAAUUUUAGAAGAAAAAAAUAUGUUUCCAUAUAUUUGCCGUAAGUAUAUACAUUACGAAAUGAGAUGUUUUCAUAGAAAGAUGUUGUAAAUGUUUGUUUACAUACCUUAAUUGUUCCUAAACAAUGUCUGUAAUAGGGCAGUAAAACAAAACGUCAAAGAUCCACUAGCUGUGAAAGCUAGUUUCCUAAUCAGCUAAAGAGACCCAGGAUUCCAUUUACUGAGGAAUUUGUGAAACUGAAACAACACAAAAAGAAUGCCUUUGUAAGUUAACUUGUAAACGUGUUAGUAUAUUAGCAAAUGCUAACAACGCUAGCUUGAUUACAAUACGAUAGCACAUUCAAAUAUGCAUAAAAACACUACAACUAGUUUUAAUCAUAUUGUAAAAGGUACAAACAUUGCUUGGGGUGAUGACUGUAGAACCCUUUCGAGCAGAAACGCCAUGUACGACUAGUAAACAGAACGGCACUUAUACUUCCGGUUUAAGGCAAAAAAAAAAAAAAAAGUACUGUAGACAUUCACCCCGGAGCACACUCGCCCAAAAGAGGGCGUAAUGAACAACAUUUUUGAAACUGAAACAACACAAAAAGAAUGCCUUUAUAAGUUAACUUGUAAACGUGUUUGCACAUUAGCUAAAUGUUUGUUUGCAUUCCUUAAUUGUUUCUAAACAAUGUCUGUAACAGUGCAGUAAAACAGUUGAUCAAACAAAACAUCAAGGACCCAGUAGCUGCAAAAGCUACCUUCCCAAUCAGCUAAACAGACUCAGGGUUGAAUUUACUGGGGAAUUUGUGAAACUGAAACAACACAAAUGAAAGCCUUUGUACGUUAACUUGUAAGAGUGUUAGCAUAUGAGCAAAUGCAAACAACGCUAGCUUGAUUACAAUCUAAUAGCAUGUAUAAAUAUGCAUGAAAACUCUACAACUUGUUUUAGUCAUAUUGUAAACGUUACAAACGUUGUUUGGGGUGAUGAUUGAAGAACCCUUUCGAGCAGAAACGCCACGUACGACUAGUAGACGGAACGGCGCAUAUACUUCUGGUUUAAGGCAAAAAUUACCGGAGACAUCCAGUGCGUGAAAUGGUCCAAAAGAGGGCGCCUUUAAGCAAACAUUACCAUACCUUUUUGGUCUUUGUAUCUGCGUUAUUAUGCACUACAUUGGGGCCGUUGGCAAAGAAAAAUCCAUUGAUCAGCCGCACCUUUGUAUAAGCCGCAGGGUUCAAAGCUUGGGGAAGAAGUAGCACCUUAUAGUCCGGAAAAUACGGUACAUUUGAAAAGCCAUAAUUAGAUUUGGCGCUACCUGUUACGCCCUUGCUCGUGAAAACAUUUUAAUGCGACUGUUUGUGAAUGUAGAUUGUCGGUACAACUCUGUAACGUAGUAACUCCGCUUCUUAACAGCGCCUCAUGAGCACCUGGGGCUUCAUCUAGAAUUCGGACCGAAAGUUCACACUUGUAAAACCUGGCGUCCGCACUGCAAAAAGUCAAUGCUCAAAAACACGAGAAAAAAAAAAAAUAGGGGUAUUUUAUUUGAACUAAGCAAAAAAUAUCUGCCAAUAGAACAAAAAAAUUUGGCUUGUCAAGACUUUCCAAAACAAGUAAAAUUAGUUAACCUCAAUGAACCCAGAAAUACCUUAAAAUAAGUAUAUUCUCAUUUAUUACAGCUGUACUACUUUAUGAGUACGUAUUUUUCUAUUGUUUCAUCGAAAAUAAAACAGCAAAGUCCAUUUGGCUCUCAUCUGUUUUAAUUAUGAGACACAAUUGUGUCAAAAUCGUGAUUUUUUUUUUUCAUGCUUGAAAUAAAAAAUUAUUACUUUAAAAAAAGUAGUUUUAUACUUGUGAGUGUUGAUGACACAGCUUUGCAACAGUUGAUAUUCUAGUUUCAAGCAUGUUUUACUCAAUAUAGGUCAUCAAAUAUCAGCAACGAGCUGUGAUAUCUUACUGAGAUCAUUAAGGACCAAAACCCUUAAAACGAGUAAAACACUCUAACAUAAAAUAUGCUUAGUGAGAAGAAUUGUCUUAUCAGACAGAAAAUAAGCAAAUAUUGAACUUGUUUGAAAUAUUCAAUCUUACUUAUAUUUCAGUUUUUGCAGUGCGCACACUUUACCGCAAUUCGGAGUAAGUGUACUUAACUUCACCAUACAUUUCAUUUUUUUAAAUAUAUGUAUGUGAUUGAUAUAAUGAGUGUAGUAAAAUUUACAAAGAGGCGACUAUCCUCAACAUCAAAAUGUCCAUGAAGUUAUGCCACAGGUUACAGUACCGGUAAUUGCUGUAUUUCAAAAACAUGUACGCUGAUAUCUAAAGUUAUAAUAAUUAUUAGGGUUGGGAAUUUUACAAUCCAAUCCAAUCCUCUUUAUUUAUAUAGCACCUUUAAACAACAAGAACGUUUCCAAAGUGCUGCACAGCCAUGUUAAAAACAAUAUUAAAAAACAAUAUUAUGCUCCACCAAUGACUGAAUAAAAACAGAAAUAAAUAUACAACCAAUAUAAAAACAAUAUAAAAAUAAAUAUGAUUAAAAACAAUUUUAAAGGGUAAAAUCAAUUUUACAACAACUUACAAUUCAAUUCUGUUUCUGAGGGUCUCGAUGCAAUUUAGAAUCAAUUCUUGAUUCAACACGAAUCUGGCAAAAUAUCAGUUGGUGUGAUGCCGGAAACACUUUUUUGUUCAGGCAGCCUACACCUUGGGCAAGACACCUUACCCACCUGCUCUCAGUGCCAGCCACACUGGUUUAAAUGUAACUUUGAUAUUGGGUUUCACUAUGUAUAGCACUUUGAGUCACUAGAGAAAAGCGCUAUAUAAAUAUAAUACACUUCACUGUCCAUUUGUUUUGUUUCUGCUGACAGUUUUUUUAAUAUAUGUUAAAUGAAAUAUUUAAAAAAAAACAUAUUUCAGAUGUAAUUAUUGUUUGUCGACAUUAAAAAAACAAAACGUUUUAAUCACUUCAAAAUGAAUUUCUAACAUCCGACUUCACCUCACAACUUAACUAACAGGUGUGCGGCCUUUUUGCGAUGUUUACAGAAAGUGUGUGCGCCACAUACAAUGUCAUAUUGUGUUUUUAUACAUCGCAUAUGCUUUUUUAUGCAAAACAUUGUACAUUGCAGUCACAUUGUACUUCUUUGGUGCGUAUGCAAGCUUCGUAGAUGAGGCUUCAGGUCGCCCAGAGCAUAAGAAGACUUAGCAGGAACAAGGCUCAGCGUUGCCAACUUAUCGCUUUAUUUAUCUAGUAUUCAGAGCCCUCUUGGUUGUCUAUUUCUACAAAGCAACUCGCAACAAAUCUAGCAAAAAAAAAAAAAAAAAAUGUUACUUUUAUUGGACAUUUGGAAACUAAGAUGAAAGCAUCGCUCUUCUCAACUACUGGCAGUCCUGCUGUGCCCCCGCCUGUCCAUGUUUGUGUUUCAUGUUCUAAUGCUCACAAGGGUUGUAGCCAAUCAUGCUAAUUAGACGAUGACUCCACCUGACCCCCACCCAGACUUUAGUCCUGUGCAAAACACUGCUAUUUACAGUCGUGGUCAAAAGUUUACAUACACUUGUGAAGGACAUGAUGUCAUUGUCUUGAGUUUCCAAUCACUUCUACAACUAUUAUUUGUUCUGUGAUAGAGUGAUUGGAGCACAUACUUGUUGGUCACAAAAAACAUUCACGAAGUUUGUUUUUUUUAUGAAUUUAUGAUGAGUCUACUUAAAAUGUGACCAAAUCUGCUGGGUCAAAAGUAUACAUACUAUAUUAAUAUUUGGUUGCAUGUCCCUUGGCAAGUUUCACUGGUAGCCAUCCACAAGCUUCUGGCAAGCUUGUGGUUGAAUUUUUGACCCCUCCUCUUGACAAAAUUGGUGCAGUUCAGCUAAAUGUGUUGGUUUUCUGAUAUGGACUUGUUUCUUCAGCAUUGUCCACACGUUUAAUUCAGGACUUUAGGAAGGCCAUUCUAAAAUCUUAAAUUCUAGCCUGAUUGAACCAUUCCUGUACCACUUUUGACUUGUGUUUGGGGUCAUUGUCCUGUAGGAACACCCAACUGCGCCCGAGACCCAACCUCCGGGCUGAUGAUUCUAGGUUGUCCUGAAAAAUUUGGAGAUAAUCCUCCUUUUUUAUAGUCCCAUUUACUCUCUGUAAAGCACCAGUUCCAUUGGCAGCAAAACAGGCCCAAAGCAUAAUACUACCACCACCAUGCUCGACGGUAGGUAUGGUGUUCCUGGGAUUAAAGGCCUCACUUUUUCUCUUCCAAACAUAUUACUGGGUAUUGUGGACGAACAGCUCAAUUUUUGUUUCAUCUGACCACAGAACUUUCCUCCAGAAGGUAGAGUGUCCGCCCUGAGAUCGGUAGGUCGUGAGUUCAAAUCCCGGCUGAGUAAUACCUAAGACUAUAAAAAUGGGACCCAUUACCUCCCUGCUUGGCACUCAGCAUUAAGGGUUGGAAUUGGGGGUUAAAUCACCAAAAAUGAUUCCCGGACACGGCACUGCUGCUGCCCACUGCUCCCCUCACCGCCCUGGGGGUGGUCAAGGGUGAUGGGUCAAAUGCAGAGAAUAACUUCGCCACACCUAGUGUGUGUGUGUGACAAUCAUUGGAACUUUAACUUUUAACUUUAAUGUGAUGUCACAUUUUCAGUAGACUCAUAAUAAAUUCAUAAAAGAACCAAACCGGUGGGGUCCCCCACAUCUGCGGUCCUCUCCAAGGUUUCUCAUUGACAUCCCAUUGGGUUGAGUUUUUCCUUUGCCCUGAUGUGGGGUCCGAACCGAAGAUGUCGUUGUGGCUUGUGCAGCCCUUUGAGACACUUGUGAUUUAGGGCUAUAUAAAUAAACAUUGAUUGAUUGAUUGAUGGAAACUUAAUAAAUGUUUUUUGUGACCAACAAGUAUGUGCGCCAAUCACUCUAUCACAAAAAAUAAGAGUUGUAGAAAUGAUUCGGAAACUCAAGACAGCCAUGACAUUAUGCUCUUCAUAAGUGUAUGUAAACUUUUGACCACAAAUAUAUGUGUGUUUAAAACUACUUUCCAGACAAUCGCUAACAAGCUCAACGAUGAUGUCAUGUCUUUGUUUUACUCUGAAUCAACUUGUUUUCCAAUAUCUGUUGGAGCUCAUGUUGGGGACAGUGAAAGUUUGUCAUUAAGUUAUAUAUUUAUAUAAAUCUGUUAAGUUUCCAUCUAUAGCAGGGGUGUUAAAUUCAGGGCCCGCGGGCCAAAUCCCGCCCGAGAAUGAAUUAUCGGUGGCCCCCGGGAUGAUAUUUGAUUAGUAUUAGAACGGGCCCCCGCAGGCCACAGCCGCCUUCUGCUGUUUUGCACGCACCAAUACGCCAUCAGAAAUUUUCAAAAUGGGGUCCCAGGGACCCAUCAAGUCAUAAAAAUGGGGUGCCACAGUAAAUUUUUGGGGUGCCACUUUUUUGUAAGCGUUUUGAAAACAAAUGAUAAAUGUAUGCAUUAUUCCUGUUAUAUCUCACAAAUUCUAUAUUGGGUUUUGGAAAAAAGGGUUGUCAUAAAAGUUACAUAACUCAUUAAAAAAAAAAAAUACAAAACACAACACAUUUUUGCGCAUCUGUAAAUGUAUUCACUUUCUUCUUUCCGUCAUAGAUCUAAACUUUACCGCUGCUGAUAUUUUUUUCUAUAUUUUGAAUGUGUUUGUUCUAUUUUUGGCCAAAGUAAGACAAAGAAAACUAUCUGAAAUUGUCUUUAUUUUUUUUUUGUUUUAAUGCCAUGAUUUUUAUAGUCCGGCCUGCGUGUGCACAUAUUUUCCUCCAUGCGGCCCCUGAGCAAAAAUGAGUUUGACACCCCUGCUCUAUAGAAACCCACACAAUUUGUUGUUGUAUUUGCCAGCAACAGGAAUGUUCUUAUGCAGUAUUCAUUCAGUAUGUAAAUUCAAUGGCAGUUGUGGUGAAAGAAGAGUCCUUAUAGGUGUUACUCAGUGUAAGUCCUGUUUGUAAGACCAAUGAUCAACAAUGUAAAUAGGUAUUUUGUAUUGAAUUAUCGUGUCAAAGAUACUGUAUGUGUAAAUACAAAAAGUGGUGAAAUGACAUUGAUCUAUUAGGAGUUGUUGACGUGUGAGCACAGAGAGUGGUUUGUUGGUGUUUAUUGAUCAAAGAAGUACAUAAACCUGCUCCAGUGUUUGGGGCUCCUUUGCCUCUCAGAGAAAAUCUUAUGCCAGAUUGUUGUUGUUCUUGCUGGAAUGUAAUGUGGAGCAACUGUUGCACAAAUCUCUCUCAACUCCCCUCAUCAUUUUGGGUCCUUUUAUUUUUUAAUUUUUUUUUUCCGGGGAGGCUCUGUGUGCCUUAGCUGACUUUUAGAACCUUCUCUUCCCAUUAUCACACAAUCUUGUCUUAUUUUUUUGACCUGAUGUGAUGAAUAUUGUAAGACUGGUAUUGCAACACCAAAAAAAAAAAAUAAUAAUGUCUGCUGUUGUUGUAUAUAUCAUCAGGCCUUCUGUCCUUAUCUGAUUUGAUUCGUCUUCCCUCGGGAGAUGUUUUGUUGACGGUGACUGGCUUGUCUUACUUUUCUCUGACUGCAUUUUGGAAAUAAAAUUCUGUGGGAAACUG